AUGAAUGCUAUUUAAAGAUUUGUAGUGAUGCUAUUUUAGAUCAACGGACUAGGAUUUUCUAUUUAUUACUAUUCAUUGAGUCAAGAAAAUAGUAAUUUGGCUUAUCUGAUUCUAUAAUCUAUUCUUGGUUUGAUCUUGCUAUUAAUAUAAACAAAAAAUAAGAAAAUCUAAUAUAUAGGAAAUAUUACAAUAAUUCAGUUUAGUCUCUUUUGGUAAGUCAUAACAAAUUAGAGGAAUAUAUAAUAUAACAGUGAAGCUUAGGUGAUAAUAGCUCAUUUUUUAACAACAUAAUUAUUUCAGGAUUUGAAAAGAUUUUAGGAGUAAUAAAUUCAAGUAAGAUAUCGAAUUGUUUGGUUUUUGCUAUUACUACAGUCUACUUUUUUUUAAAUUCUUUACAUUUCUUAAACUGCUUAGAUUGAUUUAUCUUAUUUUUAAGGGAUUAUAUGUUUACUAUUUUCAUUUGUAAUCAAUUACACUAUAUGUAUAAGAAAGCAAUCAAAAAUGCAAAGUAAAGCAAGUGACUCUUAAUAGCACAUCAAUUGUACAUAAAUGAUAAAAAGAAAAGAAAGAGUAUUGUCUUUAGCUGAAUCAGAGAAGAUUUCACCAAAAAGUAAUUAAUCUCCACGUUUUCGAUUAAUUCCUGAAUUAUCUCUAAAUGAUUAAUCUUUACAUUCUGAUAUUUUAGACUUAAAGAUGUAGUAUUCUCAUGAAGGUUUGAUUGGAUUAAGACUUAAACAAAAUAAUUAGGAUAUGGAUAUUAUUUAUUCUAAUGUAGCAUCAAAAGCACUAUUAUCUGCAAAUUCUACAAAAGAAAUAUUAGACAUUUUUAAUUGUUUUUCUAAUUUAAGUUAUACAUACCAUCAAAAUCAUGAUGAAUAUUAACUUCAUUUGAAACAUUCAAAACAAUUAUGUAGUAAAAGUAUGGCUUUUUUAAAAAGUGAUCAAAUAAAUCAAUCUCCUCAUCCUAAUUUAUUAUAUUUGUUAGAAACACAUUCAGUAAAAAAUUAAAUCUCACAUUUUAAAGAUAUUUUUGAAAAAUUCCAAUCCAACUCUUUUAAUGAAUCUUUUGUUAUACAUGCAUUAUUUCCCAAUAAUAAUGUUACAAUGUCUUAGAGUGAGAAGUAAGUAGAAAAAAUGUUGGAAUUAACAUUAAUAAAAAGAAAUUUCAAUUUAUAUUUUAUGUUGAUUAGAGAUAUAACACAUAAAUAGAAAAUUAGAUAUUUGAAAGAAUAUGAUGUUUAAAAAUCUAAAAUGUUAUCUUAUGUUAGUCAUGAAUAUAGAUCACCUUUAAAUUGUAUAAUUUAAAUGAUUGAAGAUGCAUUACAUUCUAAUUAAUUAUCAAAUGAUUUGAAUGAAAUCUUAUAGGCUGCUUUAGAUAAUUCAAACUAUAUAUUGAAUUUAUCUAAUGAUUUAUUAGAUUUGGCAUAAAUUAAAAAUGGGAAAUUUGCCAUUUAAAGAUCGAAAUUCAAUUUGAUUUAAUUAAUUAAAGAAGUUUUAAAGCUUUUUGAAUUAAAGGCAAAAAUAACUAAUAUUAAUUUAUCAUAUCAAUAUGAUAGUGCUGCUUCCACUAUUAUUAUUUCUGAUAGAAAUAGAAUUAAACAAAUAUUAGUUAAUUUAGUUAGUAAUAGCUUUAAAUUUGCUUCAACAAAAAUCAUCAUUUAAGUAACUUUUAUAGAUUUAAUUUCAUUAAGAAUUGGAGUUUAAGAUGAUGGUAUUGGAAUUCCUGAAGAAGAAUAAAAAAAACUAUUUAAAUCAUUUUCAAAAAUUAAUUCAGAAGAAAGUAGGAAACGUAAUGAAUAAGGUGUAGGACUUGGCUUAGUAAUAAGCAAUUAAAUAUCUAUUUCUAUAGGUUGUGAAGGUUUAUAAAUAAAUUCUAAACCUAAUUAAGGUACAUAUUUUUAUUUCGAUUUACAUAUUUAAACAGCAAGAUUAAAAAAAGUCAAUAGUUUUAGAAUUAAAGAGAUUUCUGGAAUAUCUUAAGAAGUAGAUGAAGGAUAAGCAUUUCAUGAUGAAGACAAAAUAAAUAUUAAUUUAGAGCCCCCUCUGUAAUGCUAACAUUUGUUACUAGUUGAUGAUGAAGCCUUUAAUAUUUAUACUUUUACUAAAAUAUUAAACAAAAAGUAAUAGUUCUUUUCUAAUUAGAAAUAUUACUGAUAUAGACUCUGCUUCUAAUGGAAAUGAGUGCAUAGAAAAGGUUAAAAACAAAAAAUGCUCUAAUUAAUGUCCUGGAUAUAAACUCAUUUUUAUGGAUCUCGAAAUGCCAAUUCUAAAUGGUUUAAAUGCUGCUUAAUAAAUACUAAAUAAUAAUCCCAAUCAAAUUAUUGUCGCAUGUUCUGGUUACUCUGACAAUUAUCAAAAAGACAACUGUUUAAAAAUUGGCAUGAUUCAUUAUUUAGUGAAGCCUAUUAGAGAUCAUGAGCUCAAUUUUGUUCUCAAAAACUAUUAUUUUUGA